AUGACGAAACAGAUCCUUUGCGAGUUAACGCUCAUUUGGAAGAAACUUGGAAAACCGUACAAUCAUCAAGAUGAUCAACUAUUUCAUGAAUUCUGCGAAAAUCAUCUUUGGUUUGAUUGGAUUGACGAAAUGAAUGAUGAAUGGGAUGAUUCAAUGGGCGAGCCCACUCAUUUCAUUGUUGUUCGUGAUCCGAUCGAUCGUUUCACGUCAAUGUUUGGCUAUGUUUGUGGCUUGUACAAGAAUUGCGGCCAGGGAACGGAUUCAAUUCACGUGACAGCACAACUUGUCUACGAGAUGUUGAUGUAUGAGAGGGAACCGAUUGGAUUAAAUGAUUUGAAUCAAUUUAAACACCAUUUUGAGCCACAUACUUGGUAUUGUGAUAUCGGUUUGAAUCGAGAUCUCUAUGAAGUCGUUUAUUAUUCGCCGAAUCGUUUAUUAAAUAUGGCACAAAUGCAGAAGAUUUUCGAUCAAGCCGGCAUUCCGAUCGAGUACUCGAAACGAGCUCUCGAGCGUUUGCUAAACGGUGAAACGAAUCCCAAUCGAAAUCAUACACAAUACGAGAUUUGGAGAAAGGAAAUUUUAGGAAAUCCUCAUACUUUGGCUUAUAUUUUAGCGAGCUAUGAGUCGGAUUAUCGGAGUUUUUCCUUCGAAAAGCCAAACAUUCAUGAAGAAUGGAUCGAAUUUGUGGAAAAUCUCGAAAUA